CUAUUACGCUCUCUUUUGUUCUAGAUUUUCUACCCUAGCAAGGAUGGUACGAAGAUUCCAAUGUUCAUUGUACAUAAAAAGGGCAUAAAAUUGGACGGCUCUCAUCCUGCUUUCUUAUAUGGCUAUGGCGGCUUCAAUAUAUCAAUCACCCCCAAUUACAGUGUUUCCAGGCUCAUCUUUGUGAGACACAUGGGUGGCGUCCUUGCCGUGGCCAACAUCAGGGGAGGUGGUGAAUACGGAGAGACGUGGCAUAAAGGCGGUAUCUUGUCCAACAAACAGAACUGCUUUGAUGACUUUCAGUGUGCUGCUGAAUAUCUUAUCAAGGAAGGCUACACGUCUCCCAAGAGGCUGACUAUCAAUGGAGGAUCAAAUGGAGGCCUCUUAGUGGCUGCUUGUGCAAAUCAGCGUCCAGACCUCUUUGGCUGUGUUAUUGCCCAAGUUGGAGUAAUGGACAUGCUGAAGUUCCAUAAAUACACCAUCGGGCAUGCCUGGACCACCGAUUAUGGGUGCUCAGACAGCGAACAGCACUUUGAAUGGCUUAUCAAAUACUCUCCGCUGCAUAAUGUGAAGUUACCGGAGGCAGAUGACACCCAGUACCCGUCCAUGCUUCUCCUCACUGCCGACCACGAUGACCGUGUGGUCCCGCUUCACUCCCUGAAGUUCAUUGCCACCCUUCAGUACAUCGUGGGCCGCAGCCGAAAGCAAAGCAACCCCCUGCUUAUCCACGUGGACACCAAGGCAGGCCACGGGGCCGGGAAGCCCACGGCCAAAGUGAUAGAAGAAGUCUCAGACAUGUUUGCAUUCAUAGCGCGGUGCGUGAACAUCGACUGGAUUCAGUAAACAGAAAAAUUCCGUGCCCUCUCCUGACAGCCGCAGAAAACCUCAAGGGCUUUCACACCGUCAAAACUGAGAAACCACGGGCGGAAGGCUUCCCGAACACUAUUCCUGCGCUCACAGACCACAGUUAAACAGAACUGCUGCGGGAAUAAUUUUAUCUUUUUUAGGCUUCUCCUUUUUAGCAAGCCCUUGGCGUUUUUCUUUUUCACCUUGUGCAGGCACAUGUUUUAAAAAAAAAAAGGUAUGUUUGGAUAAGUAUCUAAAUAUCUAAACGGCAGCCAACACAUUGUAUUAGAUUAAUGAAUUAAGAGUUGUAGUCAGGCAUACUUCAUAUCUAACACUUCAAUGAAAUUUGCUUCUAUAAUCAUAACCAAUAUAUCUCUAAAUAAAGAUGAGAACUGGUCUCAUGAAAAAGACUUCUUUGCAACAAUAAUAAAUGUUAUUUAAGAAUGGGAGGCUUUAUCUCUGGCGACCUUGUUUUGAAGGGCAGCUCCGGAAGCGCAGUCGUUCUGGGUCAUGCUACUUUUCUCCAGGAAGAAGCAGCUCGCCCUUCCACACACGGUGCUUUCCAAGCCGUCGAGUCCUAGAAUGUGAGCUCCGGAAAGCAAUUGCGUCCAUCCACUCCGGCUUCCUUGUUUAUGGGCGAUGAAGCUUUUAGAGGUACCUCACCGUCUUAUGAAUUAACCGCCCAAUGAAUUAACCGUCCGAUGAGUUAACUGCCCAGUCAGCUGAUAAUCUGAUCUGGGGCUCUGUUGGUUUGGAUGCCUCCUUUUAAAAAUCAGUGGACCAGAAACUAAAGAUUAUUCAACUAUCUGGUUACAAAGUAUUCCUGGAAAUCAAGUACUGAAGAUAUAAAACUAAGAGACCACAUGAGUGAACUAUCCAAACAGAUAUAUUUAUCUAAACUUAUCUUACAAUCAGAAAUUUCAGCAUUUCCCAAGCUGUUUUUCUCCCAUAGACCACUUCCUGGAAAUAUAGUCAUAUUUAAAAAGGAAAAAAAAGAACAUGUUGGGUCCCCCACCAUCACCCUGAAUCCUUAAGAAGAGGCUAUACCAUUCAUCAAACUAUUGUAUAUAAAAAAAAAAAAAGAUUUUUUUUUUUUAACAUCUCUUGAAACACUGUUCCUUUGGACAUCAGUUUGGGAAAUGAUCUAAUUUCUGAGAAGAAAACAGUUUCUUCUUUGUCUUGCUUUAUCAGAUAUAAGGAAAAUAUCUAUUUUGUAUGAAGUAUCUUAACCUUUAAAAAAGAAAGCUUACAAGAUUACUUCAUUAUUCCAGUAACUUGUACUUUUCCACGUAAGUCCUGUUUUCCAAAUUGUAAAUAUUUGUGCUUGUCUUUAGAGUUCUCUCUGCCUCUUGAAUCAUGGUGUACAAUUAGCCACUCUUUUCUGUGAAGCACUCACUACCUACCGAGCACAGCUGAAAGGUGGCUACGUGGUUUGGUUUUUCUCUUCCAGAAUCAUGGUUUCUAUUAUUAUAUUAUUUGUUCAGAUAAGCACUGUAUAUAAUGCAGCUGUCAUUGAACGUACGAAUCACUAUAACCCCCAGAGAAAGAGUGUGCCACGAGCCAGUAGUGCAUGCAGACAGGACAUCAUCUACUCAGAGAGAUGCUAACACCAGCUAAAAUGCCAUGUAACUGCAGACCAGCAUGGUAGAAAAAAAUUAGAAAUAAAUGUAUUUGCAUAGAUAAGCAAAAGGACGCCUUUUUCCUAGACCAGGUGCGUCAUUUGAGGUACACACAGCUGAGCUGUACCCACUUGGCCCAGUUUUUUUUCAAGCUUGCACAGAAUCCAGCCACACUUCCCACUGAGGUCUCCUGCUUCACAGCGGAGAGUGGAAAUACAGCGUGCAGGAUCUGAGCUUCAGGACAAGUCAGGCCCAGGUUCAAAUCCCAACUUUCGUUUAGUAUAAUUGGUGAUCAUGAGGAAUUACAAAGUAAUACACCUAUAAGGGUCUAGCACACAAUUGGCCACCAAUGUGAGUUCUCUCUUUCCCAAGAUAAUUUUCAUAUAUAGACUUUAGCUGGACAACUGGGCCCACAAACUAAAGUUAGCAUUUUAAAGCCUUAAACAUCGGAAUUAAGAUUUGAGGUUGGGCUCCUUCCUAGAUCGGAGGGUAUCUUCCGUGUUAGAUGCCACCUUCCUCUGUGUCCUGUGCUUUGCCCCUCUGUUCUAUCUCAAGUUGGUCUAUGAUAUUUUGAAAAAGAAGUUGCAAAUGUUGCACAGAUGGCCUGACUGCCUCAUCAUUGGGCUUUGCUGAGCAUGCUACAGAGCAUUUGACACCUCAUUUAUGAUGUUUAAUGUGUACACACAUGGAAUAUUGUAAAACUCUGCAAUUAGUCAUGUUUCCUAAUACUCCCACUAAACCUUGGGCAGUUACACACAAAUGCUACUGCUAGUUUGGAAGUUUAAAUUUUAACUAAGAAAGUCCAUCAACCAAUCUCUCCAUAUUUAUCAGACAAUUUUACCAGCCUUGGAGAGUUCCCAGGGCAGACCACAUAGCCAGUACCCAGAAGGGUUACAAAGACUCAAAGGUGAAUUAAGGAUAGGUGGGAACGCUGUGAGGGGGGCUGUAAAAAAAGCAAAGGUCAGACUGGAAGGAGCGGUCAGGCCAAUGGACUGAGGGCCGAGGCCAGUGAAUAAGGAACAUUUAGGCAUAUUCUGCAUCCAUUCAUAUUCUAGGGGCUGGGGGUGCAGAGAAAAAUAUCCUGCCGUCAUGAAGCUGGCACUCCAGAGAGAGGAGACAGUAAGUUAUGUUGCUGAGGCCCCUGUGCCAACCUGCUCUAAGCUCUCUGUGUGGAUGUGUUUAUUCUCUAGCAACCUUAUAAACCAUGUGCUACCCUUACCCUGUUUGGCAGAGACCCAAGUUCCCCAGCCAGGAAGUGGGCAGGCAGGGCAGGAACGCUCACGGCUGGACCCUGAAGACGACACUAUUGCCCACUAGGCUAGUAACGGGAUAAACAAGAGCGUUCUGGUUCAAGAUGGUGACACAGGAGGAUCCAGAACUCAUCUCCCAAGGACACACUGAAUCUACAACUACAUGCAGAACAAUGUCCUCUGAAAGACCCCAAAACUAGAUGAGAAACUCCUGUACACUGGGCAAAAGAGAAGAAACCCACAUUGAAACGGGAGGCUGAGACAGCCACCCGCAGUCGAGGGAACUCACAACUGAGCUUCUCCCUGAGAAGUGAAAGGUUUGGACCCACAUCUGGAACCCCAGCUUUGAAAACCUGCCUCUGAGAGACAAGACCCCAAAACUCUGAAAGUGAGUGGGGCUUGCGUCCAUGAGAUCCACACAAGCAAACUGAUAAAGUUCUGUUUUGGUUUUUUUGCAGUCUGAUUACAUUUUCAAUUUGAAAAAUAAAGAAAAAACUGUAAGAA